AUGGAUGACUGGGACGAGUUUGACGAAUUUAUCCCGGCCACAUCGUCAAAAAACGCCGCUGCAGGUAACAAGAACGACAGAGACAACGUUAGCUCAAGAGCUUCUUCAAGACCGACGUCGUCUUCAAGCAUUGCUAAGGCGAAGAGACGCCCGGAAGGAGGCAGCGACAACAGGCCGAGGUCGUCUGCGAAGCAGAAGGAUUCCAGCGAUGAUUGGGCUGAUGAUGAAACCUCGUGGAACGGCAGCAAAGCGUCUUCAAAACCAGCCGUGUCCCGUCCCAGCUCUUCUAGUAAGAGUAUAAGUGCAGGAGGGCCUAGUGCAGGCAGUAGGCCCAAGACUUCAGCGGAGGUGAAAGAUCCCAGUGCGGAGUGGGGCGACGAUGAGGCCGACGUUAGACCAAGGAGCAGCGGGGACAAAGCGCCCGAACGACCGGCGAAGUCCCCCAAACCCUCCGCCGCUACCAAACCGCAGGAGAACGGCUGGCUGGACGAGUCCCUGUCCCAAUCGACGGUUGACAUUUUGCGGGAAGCAGACAUGUGGCUUGAGGAUGACGCAGGGCCGUCCAGGUCGGGCUCAGCCGCGAGUAGGAAGGGGUCAGGUGGGAGUGGGCCAUCUACGGCGGGAUCUAGGGCUGAGCUGAAGUCACGGCAGGGCAGCAGGGCAGGGUCCCGCCCGUCGUCCCGAUCCCGUAGUCGGGCCAGCCUGCGACCGGAGUCCGCCCGAUCUCGGGCCCUCUCCCCUCGGCCCAACCGCAUCGCUCCCGCCGAAGUUCACGUUGUCGACGAAGUCGUCGGAAAGUCGCCCUCCCCGAGUCCGAGGGACAUCCAGGAGUACCGGCGCGGCAGCCAGGACGGUCGGCCAUCCUCGCGUCCCAGCCCGAAGCCACCAGACGCCCGGGCGGCCUCAGCAAACUCCAGCAAGAAAGGACUCCUGGGGAAAGUAAUUGGCAGUUUAGGCGGGAAAACAUCGGUGAUGUCUAUGCGCGCAGCGGCGCCAGGAGAAAGCGUGUCGAAUCCACGCACGCCCAGUAAGAACAGCGGGGGGAGACCAAGUACCGGGAUGUCCGUGAUGUCGGCGGUCUCAUCCAGCAGUGGCUGCUCAAGCGCUUCCCAGCGGUCGGAACAAGCAGAGGUGCAUUUUGAGGUGCCCCUGGAUAAGCGGUACGAGUGUCCCGUUUGUCAGCAGGUGCUGAGGUUCCCGGUGGAAUUCCAGGAAUGUGGGCAUCACGUGUGCUCACAGUGUGUACCGGAAUUGGUCAGAACAUCCGGUGUCUGCCCCAUUGACAACAAGACAAUUUCCAGGGACCAGGCGUACCCCAACAAGAGCCUUCAGCUGGAGAUUGCAGCGUUAGCAGUGCGCUGUUCGAAUGCAGUUCGUGGUUGUAACUGGAGGGGGCGCUACGACGAACAUCAGGGCCAUGACGAGUCCUGUGAGCACGCCACCGAGCCCUGUCCGAACGGCUGCGGGGCGGACAUCCAGAAGCGCUUUCUCCAGUCCCACGUCACCAACGACUGCCCCAAGCGGGGGAGCGCCUGCGACUUCUGCGGGCAGAACGUGCAGCAAGAGGACGAGAUAGAACAUCUCAAGGUGUGCGAAAAGUUCCCCAUGUCGUGUCCGAACGGUUGUGACGCCAAGGAGCUGCCACGGCAAGAGCUCGUCUAUCACACCGCCCAAGAGUGCCCCAAAGCGAUCAUACCCUGUCCGUUCCGGGGAGCUGGCUGCGCCUUUGAGGCGGAGAGACAGCACAUGGUGGUGCAUCUGGAAGGGAGUGUAGCUGAGCACCUGGAGAAGACCGUGAACCUGAGCAUGCACAAUUCAACCCGCAUCACCAACCAUGCCGAGAAACUAAUCGACAACGUCGUCGCAGUAGAGGCUAUGAAGACUAACGUCGGAAGUAUGGACAAAGCUAACGGCUGCCAGCUCCUGUGGAAGAUCACCAGCUAUAACGAGAAGUUAGCGGACGCCAAGGCAGGAAGGAGGGUGUCUUUAUACAGCCCCAUGUUCCUCAGCAGCAAGUACGGGUACAAGAUGGCGAUAUCCAUUUGUCCCAAUGGAGACGGGCAAGGAAAGGGGAAGUUCAUGUCGCUGUUCAUGUGCAUCAUAAAGGGAGAGUUUGACGCCCUGCUCCCGUGGCCCUUCGCGCAGAAGGUCAUCAUCUCCGUGAUUGACCAGUGUCAGGAUCCUGAUGCCAGGAAAAACAUCGAGUACGUCAUCAAGCCAAACACCUGCAAGGACAACCUGCAGUUUCUGGGUCGCCCCAUACACGAGAGAAACCCGAGUUUUGGCACCCAGAUGUUCUGUCCCCUGUCCCAUCUUCACCGGGGAGACUACAUCCGGGACAACACGAUGUUCAUCAGUGUCCAGGUCGACAACUCCAACAUGCCCUCUAUUCCAUAGCGAAGGGUCGGUGGGGAGUGGGGCACAAGUCAAGGGCACGGCAAGGUCACGUUCACUGUAGAUCGUCGUACGAGUUUGAUUUCGUAGUUUGAUUUGAUUUCUAAUUUUGCAGGACACAUGCACGAUUGUAUCAAGGAUUCCCCUUGUUUGCGAUCGUGCGUCGAUCGUACGAAGAUCGUACGACGUAUGUGACCGUGCCCCCACAGCACCGCUGUGUUCCAAAAGAAUACGUUUCUCCGUUUUGAUCCCUGCAUCAAUUUUAUCUGAAUACAAUUCCGUAUGUAAAUAUCUCAAAGGUGGUUGUUGUUGUUGAUUCAAAUCCUGUUGAAACGUCCAUUUGUUGGACGAGUAUUAAUAUUAGCUCUCAGAGCUUUGUGUACUUUUGUUGUUGUAGUGAAGACUUCUCUUUCUACAGUACAUUUGAGCACUGUGAAUAUACAAUCAUGUAGUUUGGUGAUAUGUUACAAAGAAUAGAAUAUAUGUAUGCAUUUUUAAUUACAUUUAUGACAUAAUAGGAUCGCAGAAAUAUCUACACCCAAUACCUCUUAUUUUGUGUGUUAUGCAAUUAUAUCAACAUAAAGGUUUUAGAAAAGGCAUGAAAUGCAAUAGAAAACGACAACGUUUUGUAUUAUUAAUUGUUAUUGCUAUAUAUGCGUGUGCUAGAGAGAUAUACUUAUUGUUGUACAUAGGUCAGCAAUUUCUGUAGCAGGGAAUAUCUUUUUACAGGAGGGGGUUCCUGGCCCUCCCUCUUCAAUGUGCUCGAACAUGGGACAUCAUUUUACGCCCUUUCCGAAAGAUUGGUGCGGUCCCAACCGAGAUUCCCUUCCCAAUUUUGAACUGAACGCCCCCCAGUUAAAGCAAUCGAAAGGGUUUUUUGAAUGACAUUUUUGGUAAGUUAUAAUAAUUGUAGAUAUAAGAACAUCUAAGCGACAAUCGUGUUCUAAAUUGAAAAAAAAAAGAGAAAUUGAAUAUGAAAAUGUUAAUCUAUAUAUUUGAACUUCUGUACAUG